AUGUUAAGGGAUUUUCAAACACCACACAUGUCGUCGUCAUCAGGAGGACUUGCUCCUGGCGAUGUGACGGCACCGAAUCCACUACAUAAUACGAGUAAAUAUAAGGUGUAUGUACAAGCAGUCGAUCGUGCUCUGAAGACCUUUGAAAAUCCUAACGAAUGGGCUGAUCUCAUUUCAGCACUUGCCAAACUAGCCAAGGUGUUCCAAUCUAAUGCCAAGUUCGGAGACAUUCCUAAACCCGUUACUGUCGCCAAGCGAUUAUCACAGUGCCUUCAUCCUGCUCUACCAAUGGGUAAAGAUUUGAAGAGUUCGCAGGGUUUGUUCCCCUUGCUUAAUCUGAAUUUCAACAUUUUCGAACACUACCUUCUUCCUCUGGGUCAAAAUCUAAAACCGGCUUUGCCAGGCUUUUUUGCUGGAGUGUUGUUGGGUCUGGAAGAAGGCACAGAAUUCUAUGAGAGGUCGCUAUCCGUACUCGAUCGUGUUUGUGAGGGUGUUGGCGAGCGUGCGUUUUUUGCAUGCCUUUGGCAGGCCGUCCUGGGAUCUCCAUCUGUACGACUUCCAGCGAUGCUCUACGUAAACGCAAAAUUCGACAAGACGCGAACGCUCGAUGAUCAAAUCGCAAUUGUUGGUGACCACGUGAAUCACAUGGUUGCCGCUCUCUGUGCUACCGCCAGCGAUUCCGGUUCGCCGUUGGUUCAGCGGAAUUUGUUGGAUUUCUUGUGUGCAGCGUUUCCUCUAGACAGCACCAAUUUAACAAGGGAAGAUUUCGUACAGUUACUAAUGCGAUGUAUUUUCGUUGUGUUACGACGUGAUAUGUCUCUAAACCGGCGUCUUUACACCUGGUUAAUGAACCCAACUGGAGGAAACGUAGCUAUCAGUAGCAUUCCUGUUGGCGAUGAGGGAGUGGAGUCGACGUUCUUCAAUGACAAAGUUCUGCCGCUCAUUGUGGAAGCGCUGACUGAAUACCUUAAGCUCGAUAUAAUCGAAAUUCCUCAGUCCUCAUCGAAUGCAUGGGCGCAUGGUUGGGGAGGACAGCGGGAAAGUGAGCAGCAUCAAUUUGCUGAAGUACGAGUUUGCCGCUUGUUGCUUUAUCUUCAAGAUCGCGCUGACAUUGGUGGACCCGUUCUCAACAAAGUUUUCCCGCUGUUUCUGGUGUGUGUAUCAAACGUCCAUGAGCGGUUAACGACUGAAAGUGUUCAGGUCAAAAGAAUAUUAUCGAAGUUUGCACCAGGUUACUCGGAGAGAUAUCUCAAGGCGGAGCAUUUGAACCCAGUGUGCAUUCUUUGGUGUCCAAUGUUCGUUAUUAUUUCUAGAGGUGAAGGUAUCCACCCAACAACAGUGUUGUUGAAGCCGUUGCUGUUCGCGCAGCAACUCCAUCAGUUGGAGCGAGAACGAGUUUUUGAGCGCUGCGGACUAGCAGUAUGGCGAGGGCUUGGUUCUUCGCAGUGCUCGCAAGAGCACGAGCGGCUAGCUCGAUUAAUGGCACUGUUGCACUCACGAAGACCCAACGAACCAAGCAGCGAUAUGGAACACAUAAUAGUUUCUGCACUGACCAGCAGCGAUGCGAUGAUCAGUGCAGAAGCUGCUCAGACAUUCCAUCGCAUGUGGAUGUUGACACGUACAGGGGAUGAACAGCCUCCAUUGUGUUCGAAGCCUUUCAACAGAGCGGUUAUGUUGCUACUGGGAGUGUUGGCUGAUGAGUCUGUGUCACGAGCUCGAACCGAACUGAAGAGUGCUGCUGCCGCAUGGUUCAUUGACUGUGCCAAGCAUAAUGAUCUCCCAAGAAUCGUGCAGAUGCUCGCAACGAUGCUGAUGAAUCCAGUCACGGCUCGAAUUUCAAUCCAAUAUGUCUGGCAAGAAGCAAGGUUGACUAAGGAUCAGUUUGCGUCGAUGCCAUCGGAUGUCUCCGUAGUGACUUUGGUAACGUCAGAUGGAAAACAACGACUAUAUCACUUUGAUGGUCCGGUGACAGACGGGGCUUGGCAGAGCGAUUUACGGAAUCGCCUUCUCUUGUCUUCUGAAGCAGAUCCUUCUGAUUCAGAGCAAGGUGUUUCUACGUGUGUCGCUCCUGGUGGAGAUAUCCCAAACUUCGAUGAUGACACAGAUUCUCUUGACACGCUUUCGAUCUCCAUGGAUGGUGUUGAAGCUGGCGUUGUGGAAACGCUACAGUACCUGAUUGACUGUGUUGUGGAGGAGGAAGACAGCGAACUCGAUCAUCAGCACCGACUAGAAUCUGCUCUGGCCAAUGCUCCUCCAGAGGGAGGAGCUGUGAUCUUUAGAGCUGAUGAGGAGUCUGAGGCGGAGCGGUCUUCCUCAAUAUCCGCAAGCACAGCACGGCCUCGGCAUGAAAGCGGCGAGCGACCGGCACCGAUCGUCAGUGAUCCAGUCGCCCGGUUCAAGAAGGGGCACCGUCGGCAAGAUUCUCUUCAGGAGAGCAUAUUCAGCAUGACAGAAAAGGAUCUCAAAACUUUCGAUACAACUGAGCUCUUACGACCGUCAGUGGAAGGUGGUGUAGACGGAGUCAGUCUUUUCCACGAGUUGCAUGUUCACAUGCUGUUGUACGGGGAAAGUGGACGUGUUGUGGAUUUGGGUCGAGCCGAAACCGCCUUUCGUAUACUAACUGCCUUGUUAUGUCCCAGAGGUUCUCCUGUAACGAAUCGUAUGCUUUUGAGUUGCUUAGUCUCUUCUGGAACUGCCUCUCAGAAUGGAGAAAGCAUUGGUACUAGUUCCACAUUGACAGUGUCACUAGUUGAUUUGAUGGCGAAGCACGUUCGAGCCAUACUCGGACAACAUUUCUGGGGUGUCACUGGCGAAGAAGAUGUCUCCAAACAACGGCAUCUCACGCUGUUAGAGCUUCUGAUCACGAUCUCGCUGCACUUCCUGCGAUCAUUCUUCUUGAACUCACCGAUCUGUCCUGUCACCCAGUCGGAUUUGGUGAUGGCCUGGAAGUGCAAAAUAGCAGCGCUUGACUUCUUGUCAGAACUACUGGGAGAGCUUAGUGGUAUGAUUUGUGAGCAGCAAUCGCGACCAUUUGUUACGUUCGUUCAAUCUGUUCUGUCAAGAUCGAAAUUACAAAAGUGUCUAUUACAUCUGCUGCUCACGGCGGUUCACGAUCCAAGGACCAGUGCAGAAGCAGGACAAGUAAUGCCUCUGUCUGUGUCGAUUGCUGAGUUCAACGAAGGUGGAUCAUCCAACAUGGGAAGCAAAUUAGCAGGGCUUUUGUCAGCAUACAAUCGCUCACUGUUAGGUGUUACUGCCCAAGCGAUUCGUCUUGAGAGCGACAUCAAGAAUGGAUACUCCUCAUUUGGAGACGUGAACACUUCUGGUAUGUUGACAAAUCGACUGAGCAUUGCGCAGCAGAUCUACAAUACACCUGCACAUCGGGGAACUCUGCGAGAGCCUAGUCCAUCGUUGGUUGAACUUCGAGCUUUCCUGCUGAUCGUUUUGAAUGCUUUGAAAAAGCGCCCAGAACGGCAUGAGAUGUGGUUCCAGUUCGUUGUUCAAAUUCUGCCGUGGAUGGAGAGAUCGCUAGCAACUGUUAUGGUGCGAGUCGUUGAACAGCUUUGUAAGAAUAUCGAGACAGCUAUAAGUGUGUGUUACCCGAAUAUCAAGGAUACAGACAGCGCGCUGUCACCUGUUCCGGAUAAUGCAUGUGAUUAUCCUGCCUGUUUCAUCACAAUGACCUUGGAGACGAUUACAACUUUGGUGCAUUUUUGUGUCAUCGAUGCUCAUGCUGCUGGCUCAACUAUUCAAGCCACAACACCUAGUCCUGUGGCCCCAAGCAGCGGAGGUGGUGGUAGUGGCAUGGUUGGGCAGGUAGUGGCUGGGCUAUUAUUUUGGAGAGGAGCGGAGGCGAUGGCUGUGAUUCCUGGUACCAAAGGUGCUACUGAGCUGUUUUCCAAUCUUGUCAAGGUGUUCAGCUUUAGCGAUUCAACUUCGAAUGGUGGCGUGAAUCUUUCCAAAAUGGACGGCUCUCGUGGUAGUAUAGCUUUACGACAAGCUCGUAAUGAUAUGCUCACAUCACUUCCUCAUGCUCUUGCUACUAUUUGUGAUUUAUGGACUGUGGUGAGAAGCAAGGAGGAACCACGUCUGCCGUUAGGAUCACCACAGCAUCUUCGACGAUUGAUACUUGAUCUGCUUUCACCCAUAGCUCAACAUCACCAGCAAGCUUUCCUCACAGCGCUUUCUCUGGUAUGGCUGACUCGCUCUGGAGCAGGCGCUUCAUCCUUAAAGAAGCUGGAUCCAGAUCAGCGUGAUAGUUCGCUAUUGCAGCCUAGUUUCCACUAUACACCUGUUCAACACGAUAUAGCAAACCUGCUGCUGAGUCUCAAAGUGAUAUCGUUUGAAGAGCUGAUAGCAGCUGUUAAUGAAACGCUAAAGGAAGUGGGAGUGAAAGCAACAAAGCUUGGAGCUGGUGAGAAGGCAACGUUCCCCACUGAAGCACCUUUGCUUGAGCUGGUACACGGCUGCAUAAAGGCAUUACCAACAGCACAGCUGCGAGCGUGUUGGUCCCCUUUCCAAUCAUUGUUUGCUGAUGCUCCACUUGCCAAUUUGCCACCACGUGCAGUAUUUCUUCUGUAUAUAAUCCUGUGCGACUAUGUGCGAUGUGCUGGUGCGUCUUAUAUCGUUGAAGAUAAGACGAUGUCCCGAGCUGUGCAAGAUGCGGUUCAAAGGCUGACGGAAGCUGUAAAUGCUAUCGUUGGUUGGCAGCUGGAAACAACUACGUGGUUGAAAAGGACGCUCGUUGUCAAACACGACCAAGGCCCUCGUUCACAAGAUGCUAGUCCCUCAGUGGAAACGAGCACGCCGCUGAAUACUCCACUGCCUUCAUUGAACCCAUCAGAGCAAAACUCCAUGCGUGGUUCGACGCUUUCGCUGAUGACACGACCUUCUUCGUUGGAUACCGGUAGCAAUAUUGCUUCCCUCACUGAGAAGAAGAGCAGUUCCAACUUACGUGGCUCCGUGAAGGACAGUAACAACAACAAAAGAGAUCCAGCUCAUAGCACGCAGGCACUUUUUAUACUGGCAGAGAAUUUGGCCGAAUUAGUAGAUUCCGUGUGCAAGAGUGACGAUAAAGAGCGCUUGUUACCUACGCUGCAUGCCGUAUGGGGGAAUGUGGUUCCCUAUUUGAAAGCAAAGAAUGCUCGCAAUUCUCGGUUUUUCCUUGCAUCUUCGCAACUUUUGGCUUCGAUGAGCUCCUUCAGUUAUAUGCGUCCUGUUUGGAAGAAGACCACGCUAGAGUUGUUACUUGAUUCAUCAUUCUUCAAAAUGGAUAUGCAGUCUUUGAAGCAGUGGUUGAUUGUGACAGAUCAUCUUAUGACGCAUGAUAAGACCUCAUUCAAGGACUUGCUGAAAAGCAUAGCCUACACACCGAAUGCGUCGUUCAGCAUCAUGACAUCAAAAGAGCAGGAGUACGAAGCGAGAGCUCAGGCGGUGAAGAGAUUGGCAUUUGUUGUUAUGGGAUCUGAGUUGGAUCAGUAUCAAGGACAAAUGAACGAUAUUCAAGAGCGUUUGUCAGAAAAUCUUCGAGUCUCACAGUCACCAUCAAUACGGUCGGCAGUGUUUCUAUGUAUUCGAGUACUUCUGUUACGUUUGCGGCCACCCAGUCUGGUCGGAAUAUGGCCCAUUAUGAUUACUGAAUUGUUCGGCAAACUUACACCGGAGGAAUUGGAGCACCUGUCGCCGUCGCUAUGUGGAAUGAAGAUGUUAACAAGUUUUGAAGAACUGCGACCAUUCUUUUAUGCGCUCGCCACGCAAAGCAAAGCAUUGCCAGGAAUUCAUCAGAAUUCUGGGAAUGAAUCGUCAUUUCUCACCGGAUCACUUUCAUACAAAAACGCUGUAAAUCGUUUGGAACAUGCUCUCUGUGUGGAUUUCGCUGAACAUUGGCAGCUUUAG